AUGGCUGAUAAUGCCGUUUUGGAACAGAUCUUCUCAUCGCUUAAUCUACAACAACAGGUAGCAGCUAAAUAUGAUCCUGAUCUGGCUGUACAAGUGAUUGCAGGACCGGGAACUGGUAAGACGAAAGUUUUAACGUCUAGAGUUGCCUAUCUUAUGUUACAUCAUAAAAUAAGACCUCAAGAUAUUAUUGUGACUACUUUUACUAAUAAGGCCGCAAAAGAAAUGAUCGAUAGAUUAGUUUCAAUGUUAAGAGAUACGAGUAUAAGAGUGAGCGAUCUUAUGAUUGGUACUUUCCAUAGUGUCUGUCUCAGAAUUUUGUCAAGAUAUGGACAUAGAAUUGGACUGAUGAAAGACUGGAGAAUUAUCGAUGAGAAGGAAAUUGAGGUGAUAGUUCACAACAUGGUGGAAAAGAUGCCAGAUCAAAUUAGGGAUUAUUCAUUAUCGCUAAGAAGAAAAGUAAAUCUUUGUCUCCCGAAAAAUGGUAGUGACGAAUGGACUGUAUCGCCCAAAUUAGUGAAGAAGCAAAUCGAAAGGAUAAAAUCGUAUGCACUUUUACCUGAGGAGUAUAAAGGUGACAAUAAUCAUGAUUCAGCGCUGGCGUAUUUUUUUGAAAAUUAUCAAAACGAAUUGAAUAGAUUAAAUGCAUUAGAUUUUGACGACUUACUCAUGUACACAUUCCGUCUUUUGACGAGAGAAAAAUGUUUACCACGUAUACGACACGUUCUAGUUGAUGAAUUCCAAGAUACCAAUGGUAUACAGAUGGACCUGAUGUUUUUAUUCGCUAGAGGUAACCACCAUUUAUCUCGAGGCAUUACAGUAGUCGGCGAUCCAGAUCAGAGCAUAUAUGCCUUUAGAAAUGCGUUGGCUUAUAAUUUCCAAGAAAUGUUUAGAAGAUGUCCCAUUGAAUGUUCCAGCGUAGUGCUUGUGGAGAAUUAUCGUUCAUCUCAAAAGAUCCUAGAUACAAGCGAAACCCUAAUUAGGCAACAGACUGAAGGACGCACAGAUAGAUUACCACUGCGUGCACAAUAUGAUUGCAUUUUUGCGCCGGUGUAUUUAAAUUUCCCAGCUUCUUUCUUGGAAGCACCUUCCAUCGUUAGAGAAAUGCUUUAUUUGAAAUCACUGCCGAACCUUUUUAGCUACGACGAUUUUGCCAUACUGGUGAGACAAAGACGGCAGAUUAAAAAAAUUGAAACGGCUUUAAUUGAGCACAGAGUACCGUAUAAGAUCCUUAAAGGUCAUGCAUUUUGGGAACUAAAAGAGACUACUUCAAUGAUCAACCUUUUAAAAUGCGUUUAUUCUGAAAAUGAGAAAAAUGCAAUGAUAGCAGCAUUGCAGUAUCCUGCAAGAGGAAUCGGACCUGCAACCGCCGAAAGACUCAGAACUAUUAUUGAGAGUAAAGAUAUUUCACCGUUCGAUACAUUAAAGCGUAUUCGUGAAGGUAGAAUCAAAUUUGAUAUGAUAGGGAAGGCUCGCUCCUCUCUCAUAGAUUUUGUAAAUAUGAUUGAAGCUUGUAAGAAACUCCGAGAGGCUCCAAUAGAUGUGGCUCUGAAAGAGAUUUUUGACAAAUUAUAUGAAUCAUCGGGAAUGAAACAAGAGUAUUGUUAUUUUGAUGGUAAAAAAAAGGCAGAUCGCAAACCUGAUUCUGAACCCAAUUAUCUGAAUCCAAGGCAUAGAAACGUUUUGGUGCUAAGAGAUUAUUUUUUGGGUACGAAUUCUGGAAAUGAAAAUGGCGGGGUAGUCACGGACUCUGUUGAUAACACUGUAGUUAGUGGUAAUAAUGAUAAAAGUGAUCCAAUGACCAACCUGAAUUCUGUUAUGGAGCACUUCCGUAAUUUUUUCGUAUCAUUGACCAUUUAUUCAAACGAUACCGAAGAAUCUGAAGAGGCAAACGCGAUAAAGAAACAAAAAUACUCAGAAGGGCUAGUGACAGUAUCAACCAUUCACGGUGCGAAGGGUCUUGAGUGGCCAGUUGUUUUUAUUCCUGGUUGUGAAGAAGGUAUCAUUCCUUCACUCUUCGGAGAUGGAAGGUCAUCUAAUUUGGAGGGUGAUGACGAUGAAGAUUCGGAGAAUGAAAGUGAUGAGGAGCAGAAAAGUGAGAAACCUGUCACCGAUAACAAUUCUACAAAGAAGAAAACGGUUGUUCCUGAUGAUUCGCUGAAUGAAGAACGAAGAAUGUUCUUUGUGGCCCAAACAAGAGCAAAACACUUGCUAUAUCUUUCUUCCGUUACUGAUAGAGAUGGUCGGGUUCCCGCUGUGCCGAGUAGAUUUUUGACCAAAGAAUUACUCAGUACAAUGGUUGAUAAGCAAAGGGCGCUUGAAAGCGUGGCUGCUAUUAAGGCACUUUAUGGAAACGUUGGGAAGAAAUGGUUAACGUCGAAUUCCACGUUUUCUCUUAAACAAGUUGUCGAUGAUUAUACUGAAUUCGUCGAAAACAGAAGAGAAAGGUUUAUAUGGGCAGGUUCUAUAGUACGGGCCAUGUACCAAUGCAACAUCCAAAGGAAUACAACGCCAACCAAUCUUACCAGUGAAUUUACUACAGCUGCUGUGCAACUGAAGACUGGUCUCAAUUCUCCAGAAAAAAUUAAAACUGUGUCGCCAGAAAGGUAUGCGCCUUCUACAGACACCCGCCCAGGUGUAGCAAGUCCUACAAAAAAACAUGCUCCGAUGACAAGCACACAAACUCCACCUGGAUCACCGAACAAAAGGAAAUCGUUUGCCCCCUCCUAUAUACCAAGUAGGAAUGGUCCAAAUGCGCUAGGUGUAAAUCGUAGGCUGUUUGCCCCCAGUAAUGAGAGACCUCAGUUACAGAAAGAAAAAAGCUCGCCAACCCCACUUAGCUUGCAAGGAUCUUCUCAAAAAAAGUCAUCUCCUACACGUAAUUGGAAUAUGGUUUCCACUAGCAACGAAGGAGCACUACCCAUGAAAUCUGAAAAUUCUGAUCUUAAGAAAGCCGCUGAUCCUGAUCCUAACCAUUCCAACGAGGAUCUCAUGGAUUUUCCUGCCUCUGAUGAUGAACUUAUGGCGAUUUCUGAUCUUAAAUCUAAAAAAGUUAGCGAUUCCGCGAUGGUAGAUCGUCCUGAUUACGGUCUCACGGCAGUAGCUGAACCAAAACGUCCUAAUAUCAGGAAACCAGGGAGGAAAUUGGUGGCCGCUCCUAUAGACAUAUCUGAGAAGAGUGUGUCCACCAAUAUUAAUGAUGAGGAAUCCCAACAAAAAAGCCGGUUUUUCGUCAAAGAUGAAUCGGAAAAUACCACUGCGGCAGAGCUGUUGCAUAAUCCUGAUGAUAUGAUUGUGGACAAUCGUCCAAUUAUUGCCAAUGCCAAAACGUUGGCAGAUGCAGUCCGAGAAACGUCUGCGGGGAGUCAAAAAGGGAGAAAUAAAGUUAAGAAAGAGCCUACCCCCAGUCAAUAUGAUAUUUUUUCUCAGUUAAACAAUGCAAAGAAGAAGGCUAAGAUGAACGAUGGAGAAAUUAUUGUUAUUGAUUGA